AUGAACAAUUGCAUGGCAAUCAUUAUUUCAAUCGCCCUUCUUCUGGGUAACUCUGUCAAGCUCCGAGCUUCCGUUACUGGGCCAGUUCCCUCGGACGGUGAUGGUCCUGCGUCUCAGGUGUGUCAGCAGUGCUGCCAGGGACCUGCUGCAAUACCCGGCAUACCAGGUCUGCCUGGGCCAGUAGGACCGAUGGGGCCGUACGGUCAGCUGGGGUCAAAGGGCGAUGCGGGUCAGCAAGGUCAGAAAGGUGAGAUUGGAAAGAUUGGACCUAUGGGUGAUCGGGGAGCACCUGGGAACACUGGGUCUAAAGGUGAUUAUGGGAUUGGUCUGCCUGGCAAGAUAGGUCCCAGAGGUAUACCAGGUAUCGUUGGAAGAAUCGGAGAAACUGGUGUCAAAGGUCAGAAGGGUGAGCCAGGACAAACACCAGACGACUCCAACCAGCGGGUAGCAUUUACCGUGGUGAGGACGAGUACCUCGGAUACCUCUACGAGUCACGACACCCGUUUGCCAUUCCAGGAGACCGAGACGCUUUUGCCAGGUACCAGCUUCGAUCUCGAGACUGGCACAUUUACCUGUACAGUGCCGGGCACCUACGUGUUUACAUUUUCUGUGCUUUCACACAGUAUCCUGUACAUACAUCUGAAGAAAAACAACGACUGGGUUGUCACUGGACAUAGCGGGGAUUCAACUAUUCAAGAGCAGGUGUCUGGGAGCGCGGUGCUGGUGCUGCACCGUGAAGACACGGUGUAUCUUACCAUUCACGGUCGGGCGGGUAGUAAUUCAUAUCGCUACAUUUCAUUCAGUGGCUUCCUCCUUUACCCCGAAUAGUCAAACACAAUAACCACGCCUAUUAUAUACACGAUCACGCGCAUCGCCGAAUUUUCAAUCGCUCCACCGUCUAUCCGAAACAAUAUCUAAUUAAUGAGUAAGUGUAAAAUUAAAAUUCUUUCAAUUUUAUCAAAAUAAUUCAGUUGAAUACUGUGUUACAUGAACUUUAAUAAGUGCAUACGCAGAACAGUUUUACGGCAUUGGAUUAACACAUGGUUUUGAAUGCUUAAUAGUAGCACCGUAUGGUAUCGUUUAAGUAACAUUUAAAACAAAUCUUACAGCCUACUUAAAAGUACUGAAAUUAUAUUAUCCUGAUUGAAACGUUUGUAUGUGUGUCUAAUAAUGUAGAAAUAGA